AUGUUGGAGAAAGAAGAUUGCUGGGAUGAUGUUGGAGAAAGAAGAUUGUUGGGUCUUGAGAUUGUACAGCAAAAAGUAGAUAAAAUUCAAGUGAUUAAAAAGCGGCUCCAAACAGCUCAGAGUAGGCAAAAGAGUUAUGCAGACGUUAGAAGAAGGAAAUUAGAGUUCCAAGUGGGUGAUCAUGUGUUCUUGAGGAUUUCACCUACCAAAGGAGUUAUGAGAUUUGGUUUUCGAGGUAAGUUGAGCCCUCGUUUUGUAGGACCUUUUGAAGUCUUGGAGAGGAUGGGUAAAGUUGCUUAUAGGAUCGCCUUACCACCUUCUUUAUCAGGGGUACAUAAUGUUUUCCAUGUCUCAAUGUUGAGGAAAUAUGUUCUAGACCCCAGUCAUGUAGUGGAUUAUGAGCCUCUAAAAUUAAGAGAUGAUUUAACUUAUGAAGAGCAACCAGUUAAAAUUGUGGACAAGAAGGAGCAAGAGUUGAAGCGUCGUACCAUACAUUAUGUCAAGGUUCAGUGGAGGAACCAGUCUGUGAGAGAGGCUACAUGGGAUUUAGAAGCUGAAAUGAAGGAGAAAUACCCAUAUCUUUUUGAGGACUCAGGUAUGUCAAGUUUAGAGGACUAA